UCACUCCACAACACCAGUGAACACAACACUAGUGAACACAACUGCCAGCAAAUGGUCUGAAAUGCCUUUCUAUGCGCUCAACACUUGAGGACAACACUUACGGCCAACACAUCUCCGGUCGAGUCAAUGGUUGGUCACAUCCACACAGAGACAUCGCAGUGAGUGAUGGUAUGAAACACAGAGCCAUACAAAUGGCGAUCAAUGGCUCACUUAUGGCUCAGUGAAGGGAUCCGACGGUGAACUCAAUGCGUUGUAAGACGUGAUUAUAGGACACAAUGGAUGGCAGCCAUGGAUUGGACGAUCAUAUGUGGCACAGAAGAAGUAUGGAGUGGUUUGCGAUGUGAUCAACGCUUCCAAACCAUCACAACUACAAGACAUCAAACUUUUGGCCAACUAUUUGGCCGCCGAUAACACGAAGAGCUCUGCAAUGGUAUUACAGAUAUACCUAAAGUUGGAUCGAAUAGAUUUGGCCCGAAAAGAGCUGAAGAGGAUUCAGGAGACGGACGACGACUCGACUCUUUGCCAGUUAUGUCAGGCGUCCAUCGAUUUGUCUCACGGAGGGGACAAACUUCAGGACGCCUUCUAUAUAUACCAGGAGUUGGCCGACAAAUACGGCGCUUCGCCUCUACUUCUUAAUGGAUAGGCAAAUGAUAUGAAGACCGAGACAUUGAUUCAGUAGACUAUCGAUAAGGACAACAAUAACGCCGAAACACUACUGAAUUGAUGAGAACCUCCAGAAGUGACCAAUCGUUACAUCAGUCAACUGAAAGACUCCAAUACUAACCAUCCCUUCAUUCAAGAUUGUAUCGAAGGAACGGGAGCUCAAGAAUGUCAUCAGAAUAUUAAUAUAAUUACAUUAAUAUUGUAUUUUUUGUUGACUUAUAUAUAUUUGAGGAUAAUUUAUGUCUUAUUUUCUAAAGAAAGUGAAUUUUAAUAAAUGAUGACAACAUUAUUACUAUACAAAUA